AAACAGAUUUUAUUUAUUGUGUUCUGUCUUAUAGUAGGUAUAUAAUAUUUUAAACGUUUUUGAAUUCUAAUGUCAAUAUACCUUCCCACUUUAUAAAUAGAAACUAUCUGUUUGAGAUAAGGAAUUCAAUUACCUAAAUAUUAUAUAUUUCUUAUAUUUAAUAAAAUCAGUUUUAAAAUGUCAAAAAGAAACAAGAUUUCAUAUAUUAAGCCACGAGAACCAUCAUUUUUGAGAAAAUUAAAAGAAGAAGCCAACUAUAAGGAAGGACCAACAGUUGAUACAAAAAAAAUCGAACUUCCAACUUAUGAAGAUGACGAAUCAUAUGAUGAUGACAAUCCUACUGUGGUAGUAUUAACUGAAGGCGAUUUAACUUCUGAAGAAGCAUCCAAAGAGGCAUUAGCCAAAGAACAAGAAGAAAAUAGUAAACCAGCAGAUUUAUCUAAACGUAUAAUUUUCAAACGUCCAGCUAAAAGUACACCACAAUCUGAAGAAAAACAUAGAGUAAAUAAAAAGAAAAAACGAACAGAAAAAUUAGUUUUAUCUUUCGAUGAUGAAGAGGAGGAUUCUUGAACCCUGGUUUGUUUAAAAUGAUACUGCAAAAUUACUUUUUGUUUAUCAAGAUAUGGUUGUCUCAAUAGUUGUUUGUACCAAUGACUUUUUCAAACAAACACCUAUCUAUGUAUAUAAUAUGUAUUUUAAUAAAAUAUGUACUUAUAAUGGCAAUGUAUUAUUAAAACAAACUAUGAUGACUUUUUUGAUUUCCAGAUAAAUUUUGUAAUUUUAUUUGAUUCAAUAAAACAUUUAAGGAUAAAGUUAUUUAAAUUUUGUAUAUAAUUUUAAAAAUGUUA